AGACACAGAGGGUGAAUUAUUGCCCAGGUGCCAUGUACAAGUACAAGUACAAUAAUUCUGCAUCUAUAUAAACCGGGCAGAGGGAUCGAAGGGCGACGCAAGUCUGUGAGAGAGUAGUGUUCUUCUAUCUCACUCUCUCUAUAUAUAUAUCUUUCACUAGUUCGAGUUCAGUGCAGUGUCGAUCGAAUAUAAUAUGUUCAUCAAGGCUAAAGGAAGAAGAGAGAGAGUACAGCCUUCUAUUAGCUAGCUCACAUUUUCUAGCUUUGUCACAGCUCAAAAGGAUUGAGCCACUUGAUGGGGCUAAUUAUGCUGAAUGGAAAAACAACAUGCUCCUGAAUUUGGGGCUGUUGGAAAAUGAUCUCGCACUUAGAGAGGAUCCACCCGUGGAGCCAAAAUUAGCUGACUUCAUGGAUGAGAAUGAUGAGGAAUACACUAAUCUCAAGUGGGCUUAUGAUGAAAAGUGGCCCGCUUGGGAGAAAUCAAACAGAGUGUCCCUAAUGUACAUCAAGAGCAACAUCUCUCCUUCUAUUAUAGGGGGGAUUGCUGACUUUGACAAUGUUAAGACGUACCUGGCAAACAUUGAAUCGAACUACAAGGCGUGUACCAAAACCUAUGCCAGUACUCUUAUCAUGAAAAUGGGCUCUUCUGUCUAUGAUGGAAAGAAAGACAUCCGACAACACAUCAUGGAAAUGUCACACAUGGCUCAUCAACUAAAAACGAUGGACAUGGAAAUUUCGGAAGCCUAUCUUGUCCAUUUCAUCCUGAACUCACUAAACUCUGAUUAUGAUCCGUUCAAAAUUCACUACAAUACUCAAAGAGAAAAGUGGACCAUUUCAGAGCUUAUCUCCCACGCAGUGGAAGAGGAAGAGCGUCAAAAGGCCAAAAGGCAGAAACACAUUGACCAGCUCAACCUCGUCAACUCUAAGGGCAAGAGGAAGUUCCAUCAAGGAGAAGCCUCUGGAUCAAAGAAAAAGGGCAAGCCACCUCAUCCUCCGAAACAAGGAGGGAGUAAGGCUGCGCAAUCAACUGCUCAACCUUCAGCUGGGCCAAAAUUCAAGAAUCCUCACUGCACUUUCUAUGAUAGUGAUGGACAUUGGCACAAAGACUGCCCCCGCUUCAAGGAGUGGUUGGCCCGUAAAGGGAUUGAAUGGCGUCCAGACGCUAAGAAAAGGGGAGCACAUCCUAAGAGUAGCUGAUGGAGCAGAGAUUGAAGUGGAGGCUGUUGGAGACCUCGCACUCAAGCUUCCCAGUGGCUACAAUUUAAUACUUAAUAAUGUCUUAGUUGCUCCUUCCGUUAAAAGAAAUCUUAUUUCAGUCAGAGUCCUA